AUGAUUCGUGAAAAACUAAAGAUUGACGAAGGUUUGUUGCAUCAUUGUCGAUUUCAAGUCAUUUUUCAACGCGCGGUUCCCAAGUUUGUUGCGAACUUGCCAAUUACGUUUCCAAAUUAAAAAAUUUGGAAAUUGGGCGCGAACUUCGCAACAAAGUUCGCAAGUUCAUUUCAAUGUUUGAACUUCGUUUGUAAACAAAUGUUCAUACUCAAUAAUAACAAUCAAUUCAAUGAAAUACAAACCUUUAUGGUAGCCCACUGAACCAAGAACUUUCCAUUGUUAAUUUCACCUUGAACUAUGAACAUUUGUUUACAAUAGUUCAAACAUUGAAAUGUACUUGCGAACUUUGUUGCGAAGUUCACGCUCAAUUUUUGAACUUGGAAACGUAAUUGGCAAGUUUGCAACGAACUUGGGAACCGCGCGUUGAAAAGUGACUUGAAAUCGACAAUAAAGUAUUUACUGUAAAGAUUGUUAGGUUUUUGUAGAGCUUGACCUAACCUCGUUUCCCAAACGUUGAAUUUUGAGAAAUUAGAUAUAUACGUUUUGAAACAUGCAAAUGUUCCAAAAUGUGUUUACUAUUGCUAAUAGUAUAAAGGUCAGUAUACUUUAUAUCUUCUGUUUUUAGGACCAAAGAAUAACUUAGAUAUUCUUGAAAAGGAUUAUGUUUACGAUGUAUAUUGUGCUGAGGAUAACUAUGGAGCAUUAUCUGAAGUGUAAGACUCACCGCUAGUUUCUUUUCUCCUUACAGUAGUUAUUUUCUACAACAAGAUUUGAUAAUUCAAGAUUUUUAGUCGUCUUAAAAUAUCGAUCGGUCACGGACAUUGUCCGACCCAUUUGUGAAAUUGUUUAUUUAAUAUCUUCACAACAUUUACUCCAGAUUUAAUAUAUUGUGCUGAUAUUAAUUUGUGUCAUUCACACAAACAUUUCCGAACCAAACUGAACUGAAGGUCAUCGGACAUCAUCAUACAGUGUGUCCAACCAAAACUCGAAGUCAUCAGACAUUUUGUCAGACGGUCCUGUACAUGAUAUUUUAAGGCCUGACUUAGCUGUUACAGACUUACGACUCAAGGCGUACAAGUACAUAAAGUACAAGUUUCUGAAAGGUAUAAGAAAAAGCAUACUGCCAAUAAUAUGUUAUUCGAAGUAUGUUUUUUCUCAUAUUUCUUAAAAUCAGUGUCUGCUGGUAAAGGAUUUUGAAAGAUAUUCGUUCAGUAACUUGAAAUUACGAGUUAGAACAAGGUGCUUAAUACCAACAUUCGUUAAGGCUCGUUUACACUUGCAAUGUUUGUUGCGAGUUUCUUCUGCCAUUUGAAAACCAAGUUCUGGCGUUUGAAAAGGGAGAUCUGGCAUUUGAAAACCAAUUUCUGGCAUUUGACAGGGAGUUCUGGCAUUUGAAAAGGGAGUUCUCAGAUUUGAAAAGGGAGUUCUCAGAUUUGAAAAGGGAGUUCCCAGAUUUGAAAAAGGAGGUCUGGCGUUUGAAAAGGGAGUUCUCAGAUUUGAAAAGGGAGUUCUCAGAUUUGAAAAAGGAGGUCUGGCAUUUGAAAAUGGAGUUCUGGCAUUUGAAAAGGGAGUUCUGGCAUUUGAAAACUGAGUUCUGGCAUUUGAAAAGGGAGUUCUGGCAUUUGAAAAGGGAGUUCUGGCAUUUGAAAAGGGAGUUCUGGCAUUUGAAAAGGGAGUUCUGGCGUUUGAAAAGGGAGUUCUGGCAUUUGAAAGGGAGUUCUGGCAUUUGAAAAGGGAGUUCUGGCGUUUGAAAAGGGAGUUCUGGCAUUUGAAAAGGGAGUUCUGGCAUUUGAAAAGGGAGCUCUGGCAUUUGAAAAGGGAGUUCUGGCAUUUGAAAAGGGAGGUCUGGCAUUUGAAAAGGGAGUUCUGGCAUUUGAAAAUGGAGUUCUGGCAUUUGAAAACCAAGUUCUGGCAUUUGAAAAAGGA